GGAUUUGGCAACCGCGCAACGUCUAGAGCCUUCCGUCCCUGGUUCGUUAGCUGACGCCGCCGUCCUUCCCUUACCCGCCGAAGCACAAAGAGGGCGACCCGGUGCUUCAGCCCUCUCUCUUCCGGAUUACUCGCCCAUCCGUCUUCCCUCCGCUCCCCGGUGGUCGCCCCGAUCGCCUGCGACCGCGGCCACCAGAUCCGAAUCCCUCACGCCCUUCUGCACCUCGAGGUGUUCAGACAAGGAGAACAGAUCAGAUCGAAUCCGCUGACACCGGUGGACCCGAUCAUACACUCGAACGUAACACUGAACAACUGUUGCGGAAGAGCAGGUCAUAUCAUGGUCGUAUCUAGGCUCGCUCUGUUGGGUGUCAGGCUGUUGAAGGAGCCGAGACUUGCACACAAGGCAAAUGGUGUGGGCACACUAUGGAUCGGCCACAAACUUAUAGAUCAGUUUCAUAUGUCACAGAACAUCUUUACAAAUGGACCUUUCAGCCAUUAUGGACAUGCAUUAAGUAAGCUUUGCUUUUCCAGUGCAGCAAGUGGUUCAGUUGCUGAAGGAGACAAUGAAAUGGAAGAAAAGAUAACUGUAACUUUUGUUGACAAGGAUGGGGAUGAGAAGGUUAUUAAGGUUCCUGUUGGAAUGUCGAUGCUAGAAGCUGCUCAUGAGAAUGAUAUUGAACUUGAAGGAGCAUGUGAAGCCUCUCUUGCAUGUUCAACUUGUCAUGUAAUCGUCAUGGAUGUUAACUACUACAACAAAUUGGAAGAUCCAACAGACGAAGAAAAUGAUAUGCUAGAUCUUGCUUUUGGACUAACUGAGACGUCACGCCUUGGUUGUCAAAUAGUUGCGAAGCCUGAGCUCGAUGGGAUUCGUCUAGCACUACCAGCGGCUACCCGAAACUUUGCCGUUGAUGGAUAUGUGCCAAAACCACACUAAACACGUACGCUUUCGAGCUAACUGGAAUCUUGAUCAGUUUUGUAGUUACACCGUGGGAAGAGUCAAUUUCAAAAAUCAACUUAUAUCGUAUGUAUUAAGUACUUUACAUGUGAUUUAGCAUUUAUUAUAUUCGUCUUUAUUUUCUCAGUUUGUUUACUUUGAGGCCUAAAAGCUUGUAAGAAACCUCAUUUACUCUGUUGAAGUCACAUCUUUUUUGUGUCCUUGGCUA